UGCUGGGCUGGACGCCCUGGCCUUCCUGGUCCUCCUGCUCCCAGAGCUGCCUUGUCCCCGGAGGGGGCCCUGGCUGGCGCAGUCGUUCCCGACUCUGCCCCAGCCCUGGGGAUUCGUCCUGCCCAGGAGAGGCCACCCAGGAGGAGCCCUGCAGCCCCCCUGUAUGCCCAGUGCCAAGCAUCUGGGGUCUGUGGGCUCCCUGGUCCACUUGCUCAGCCCCCUGUGACGGAGGCAUCCAGACACGUGGGCGCAGCUGCUCCAGCUUGGCUCCUGGGGACACCUCGUGCCCAGGACCCCACAGUCAGACCAGGGACUGCAACACGCAGCCCUGCACAGCCCAGUGCCCGGAGAACAUGGUGUUCCGCUCAGCAGAGCAGUGUCGCCAGGAGGGGGGUCCUUGCCCUCGGCUGUGCCUGACGCACGGCCCUGGGAUAGAGUGUUCGGGCUUCUGCACCCCUGGCUGCGCCUGUCCCCCUGGUCUCUUCCUGCACAAUGCUAGCUGCCUGCCCCGCAGUCAGUGCCCCUGCCAGCUGCACGGGCAGCUCUAUGCACCAGGAGCAAUGGCUCGCCUGGACUCCUGCAACAACUGCACCUGUGUCUCUGGUGAGAUGGCAUGCACCUCGGAGCACUGCCCAGUGGCCUGUGGCUGGAGUCCCUGGACCCCGUGGAGUCUCUGUAGCCGCAGCUGCAACGUGGGCAUUCGGCGCCGCUUCCGGGCAGGCACUGCACCCCCAGCUGCCUUUGGGGGUGCUGAGUGCCAAGGCCCCACCAUGGAGGCUGAAUUCUGCAGCCUGCGGCCAUGCCGAGGUCCUGGUGGGGAGUGGGGCCCUUGGUCUCCGUGCUCCGUGCCCUGUGGUGGUGGCUACAGGAACCGCACCCGGGGCAGUGGCCUGCACAGCCCCAUGGAGUUCUCCACCUGUGGCCUGCAGCCCUGCACAGGGCCAGUGCCUGGCGUGUGUCCCAGGGGCAAGCAGUGGCUGGACUGUGCCCAGGGCCCUGCCUCCUGUGCAGAGCUCAGCGCUUCAAGAGGGACUAACAAGACCUGCCACCCUGGCUGCCACUGCCCCUCUGGGAUGCUCCUGCUGAACAAUGUGUGUGUGCCCACCAAGGACUGCCCUUGUGCCCACGAGGGGCACCUCUACCCUCCAGGCAGCACUGUGGUUCGUCCAUGUGAAAACUGCUCUUGUGUCUCCGGGCUCAUCACCAACUGCAGCUCCUGGACUUGUGUGGAGGGAGCUGGGGGAUGGGGUCCAUGGGGGCCCUGGUCCCACUGUAGCCGGAGCUGUGGGGGAGGCCUGCGGAGCCGGACCCGGGCCUGUGACCAGCCCCCACCCCAGGGCCUCGGGGAUUACUGCGAGGGGCCGCGGGCCCAGGGGGAGGCCUGCCAGGCUCUGCCCUGCCCAGUGACCAACUGCACCGCCAUUGAAGGGGCAGAGUAUAGUCCCUGUGGCCCUCCAUGCCCUCGCUCCUGUGAUGACCUAGUGCACUGCGUGUGGCGCUGCCAGCCUGGCUGCUACUGCCCACCAGGCCAGGUACUGAGCUCCAACGGGGCCAUCUGCGUGCAGCCGGGUCACUGCGGCUGCCUGGACCUACUGACCGGGCAGCGGCACCAUCCGGGGGCUCAGCUGGCAAGGCCUGAUGGCUGCAACCACUGCACCUGCCUGGAGGGGAGGCUGAACUGCACAGACCUGCCCUGCCCAGUGCCCGGAGGCUGGUGCCCAUGGUCGGAGUGGACAAUGUGCUCCCAGCCCUGCAGGAACCAGACCAGGAGCCGCUCCAGGGCCUGUGCCUGCCCCACUCCUCAGCAUGGGGGUGCCCCAUGCACCCGGGAGACUGGGGAGGCAGGGGCCCAGCAUCAGAGGGAGGCCUGCCCCAGCUCCGCCACGUGCCCAGUGGACGGAGCCUGGGGCCCAUGGGGGCCAUGGUCUUCCUGCGACACGUGCUUGGGGCAGUCCCACCGGAGCCGGGCAUGCAGCCGGCCCCCCACCCCUGAGGGAGGGAGGCCCUGCCCUGGGAGCCACACGCAGAGUCGCCCUUGCCAGGACAAUUCCACCCGGUGCACAGACUGUGGGGGUGGCCAGAGCCUACACCCCUGUGGGCAGCCCUGCCCCCGCUCCUGCCAGGACCUGUCCCCUGGGAGUGUGUGCCAGCCAGGCUCUGCGGGCUGCCAGCCCAGCUGUGGGUGCCCCUUGGGCCAGCUCUCCCAGGAUGGGCUGUGCGUGCCUCUGGCCCACUGCCGCUGCCAGUACCAGCCUGGAGCCAUGGGGAUCCCUGAGAACCAGAGUCGGUCAGCAGGGUCUAGAUUUAGCUCCUGGGAGAGCCUGGAACCGGGAGAGGUGGUCACUGGGCCGUGUGACAACUGCACCUGUGUGGCAGGCAUUCUGCAAUGCCAGGAGGUGCCCGGCUGCCCAGACCCUGGGGUGUGGAGCUCUUGGGGCCCUUGGGAAGACUGCAGUGUUUCGUGUGGGGGUGGGGAGCAGCUGCGCUCCCGGCGCUGUGCCCGUCCUCCCUGCCCAGGGCCUGCCCGCCAGAGCCGCACAUGCAGCACACAGGUCUGCAGAGAGGCAGGUUGCCCGGCCGGCCGCCUGUACCGCGAGUGCCAGCCCGGCGAGGGAUGCCCCUUCUCCUGUGCCCACAUCACGCAGCAGGUGGGCUGCUUCUCUGAGGGCUGCGAGGAGGGCUGCCACUGCCCCGAGGGCACCUUCCAGCACCGCCUGGCCUGUGUGCAGGAGUGCCCUUGUGUGCUGACAUCCUGGCUACUGCAGGAGCUGGGAGCCGCCAGAGCUGACUCUGGUCAGUCUCUCGGGCCUGGAGAUGAGCUCGGCUCGGGUCAGACACUUCAUACAAGCUGCGGCAACUGCUCCUGUGCACAUGGGACGCUGUCUUGCUCCCUGGAGGACUGCUUCGAGGCCGGUGGUGGUUUCGGUCCCUGGAGCCCGUGGGGCCCAUGCUCUCGCUCCUGUGGUGGGCUGGGCACCCGCACCCGCAGCCGCCAGUGUGUGCUCCCCAUGCCCGUCCCCAGUGGUCAGGGCUGCCGUGGGCCCCGCCAGGGCCUUGAGUACUGCCCCAGCCCAGACUGCCCUGGGGCUGAAGGGUCCACGGUGGAGCCUGUGACAGGCCUUCCAGGUGGCUGGGGCCCGUGGUCCUCCUGGUCCCCCUGCUCCAGAAGCUGCACGGACCCUGCUCGCCCUGCAUGGCGCAGCCGCACCCGCCUCUGCCUGGCUAACUGCACCAUGGGUGACCCAUUACAGGAGCGUCCCUGCAACCUGCCCUCGUGCACAGAGCUGCCCCUGUGCCCUGGCCCUGGCUGUGGGGCUGGGAACUGUUCCUGGACCUCCUGGGCCCCGUGGGAACCUUGCUCCCGCAGCUGCGGGGUGGGUCAGCAGCGCCGCCUGCGGGCAUACCGUCCCCCUGGGCCCAGCGGGCACUGGUGCCCCGACAUCCUUACUGCCUACCAAGAGCGCCGCUUCUGUAACCUGCGAGCCUGCCCAGUGCCCGGGGGCUGGUCACGCUGGAGUCCCUGGUCCUGGUGUGACCGCAGCUGUGGCGGAGGCCAAUCCCUGAGAAGCCGCAGCUGCUCGAGCCCCCCACCCAAGAACGGGGGUGCCCCCUGUGCUGGGGAGCGGCACCAGGCCCGGCUCUGCAAUCCCACGCCUUGUGAGGCCGGCUGCCCAGCAGGCAUGGAGGUGGUCACCUGUGCCAACCGCUGCCCCCGCCGCUGCUCAGACCUCCAGGAGGGAAUUGUGUGUCAGGACGACCAGGUCUGCCAGAAGGGCUGCCGCUGCCCAAACGGGUCUCUGGAGCAGGAUGGCGGCUGCGUGCCCAUUGGGCACUGUGACUGCACCGAUGCCCAGGGCCACAUUUGGGCCCCGGGGAGCCAGCACCAGGAUGCCUGCAACAACUGCUCAUGCCAAGCUGGGCGGCUCUUCUGCACGGCUCAGCCCUGCCCGCCUCCCACCCAUUGUGCCUGGAGCCGCUGGUCGGCCUGGAGUCCCUGCAGCCAGUCAUGUGGGCCCGGAGGGCAGCAGAGCCGCUUCCGGUCCUCCACGUCGGGCUCGUGGGCCCCAGAGUGUCGGGAGGAACAGUCCCAGAGCCAGCCCUGUCCUCAGCCCUCGUGCCCACCCCUGUGCCUGCAGGACACUCGCCCCCGCACCCUGGGGGACAGCUGGCUGCACGGGGAGUGCCAGCAGUGCUCCUGCACCCCGGAGGGUGUGAUCUGCGAAGACACGGAGUGUGCAGUGCCUGAGGCCUGGACGCUGUGGUCCUCCUGGUCUGACUGCCCUGUCUCCUGUGGAGGUGGAAACCAGGUCCGAACCCGGGCCUGCAGGGCCGCAGCCCCUCACCAUGGGAGCCCACCCUGCCUGGGCCCUGACACGCAGACCCAGCCCUGCGGGCAGCAGCCUUGCCCAGGGCUGCUGGAGGCCUGCUCCUGGGGCCCGUGGGGGCCCUGUUCCCGCAGCUGUGGCCUGGGCCUGGCCUCUCGCUCUGGGUCCUGCCCCUGCCUGAUAGCCAAGGCCGACCCCACCUGCAAUGGCACCUUCCUCCACCUGGACACCCAGGGCUGCUACCCAGGGCCCUGCCCGGAGGAGUGUGUGUGGAGCAGCUGGAGCAGCUGGACGCGCUGCUCUUGCCGGGUGCUGGUGCAGCAGCGCUACCGACACCAGGGCCCGACGUCCCAAGGGGCCAGGGCAGGUGCCCCCUGCACGCGGCUGGAUGGCCACUUCCGGCCUUGCCUUAUCGGCAACUGUUCUGAGGACAGCUGCACGCCUCCCUUUGAGUUCCAUGCCUGCGGCUCCCCCUGUGCUGGGCUCUGUGCCACACACCUGAGCCAUCAGCUCUGCCAGGACCUGCCGCCCUGCCAGCCGGGCUGCUACUGCCCCAAGGGGCUGCUGGAGCAGGCUGGGGGCUGCAUUCCUCCGGAGCAGUGUAACUGCUGGCAUACCUCAGCAGCGGGAGCCAGGAUAACCCUGGCCCCUGGGGACCGCCUGCAGCUGGGCUGUAAGGAGUGUGAAUGCCAGCGUGGGGAGCUGCACUGCACCAGCCAGGGCUGUCAAGGUCUUCUGCCUCUGAGUGAGUGGUCCGAGUGGUCGCCCUGUGGGCCCUGCCUGCCGCCCAGUGCCCUGGCCCCUGCCUCCAGAACUGCCCUAGAGGAGCGCUGGCUCCAGGACGCAACCAGCCUCUCUCCCACCUCGGCCCCGCUGCUGGCUUCAGAGCAGCACCGCCACCGGCUCUGUCUAGAUCCUGCAACAGGGAGGCCCUGGACUGGAGCCCCUCACCUCUGCACUGCACCCCUCCGCCAGCAGCGCCUCUGCCCUGACCCUGGAGCCUGCCCUGACUCAUGCCAGUGGAGUCUGUGGGGGCCAUGGAGCCCCUGUCAGGUGCCCUGCAGUGGGGGGUUCAGGCUACGCUGGAGAGGGACAGAGGCCCCCACUGGAGGAGGCUGCCGGGGGCCAUGGGCUCAGACAGAAAGCUGCAACAGAGGGCCCUGCCCAGGUGAGAGCUGCGAGGCCCGAAACACUGUACUCACCCUCGACUGUGCCAACCAGUGCCCACGCAGCUGUGCCGACCUCUGGGACCACGUUCAGUGUCUACAGGGACCCUGCCGCCCAGGCUGCCGCUGUCCCCCUGGCCAGCUGGUCCAGGAUGGGCACUGUGUGCCAAUCUCCUCUUGCCGCUGUGGCCUCCCUAGUGCCAAUGCCUCUUGGGAGCUGGCCCCGGACCAGGUGGUGCAGCUCGACUGCCAAAACUGCACCUGUGUCAACGGGUCCCUGGUGUGCCCACACCAGGAGUGUCCAGUCCUUGGGCCUUGGUCAGCCUGGAGCAGUUGCUCGGCCCCCUGUGGUAGGGGCACUAUGGAGCGACAUCGGAGCUGCGAGGGAGGUCCUGGGAUGGCACCAUGCCAGGCCCAGGACACGGAGCAGUGGCAGGAGUGUAACCUGCAGCCCUGCCCUGAGUGCCCCCCUGGCCAGGUGCUUAGCGCCUGUGCCACCUCAUGCCCACGCCUCUGCUGGCAUCUGCAGCCUGGUGCCACCUGUGUGCAGGAGCCCUGCCAGCCUGGCUGUGGCUGCCCUGGAGGGCAGCUGCUGCACAAUGGCACGUGCAUGCCUCCCGCUGCCUGCCCCUGCACCCAGCAUUCUCUGCCCUGGGGCCUCACCCUGACCCUGGAAGAGCAGGCCCAGGAGCUGCCCCCAGGGACUGUGCUCACCCGGAACUGCACCCGCUGUGUCUGCCAUGGUGGAGCCUUCAGCUGUUCCCUUAUUGACUGUCAGGAGUGCCCCCCUGGAGAAAUGUGGCAGCAGGUGGCCCCGGGGGAGCUGGGGCUCUGCGAGCAGACAUGCCAGGAGAUGAACGCCACAGAGACCCGGAGUAACUGCAGUUCGGCUCGAGCCUCGGGCUGUGUGUGCCAGCCUGGGCACUUCCGCAGCCAGGCAGGCCCCUGCGUCCCCGAAGACCUCUGCGAGUGCUGGCACCUCGGGCAUCCCCACCUGCCUGGAUCUGAAUGGCAGGAGGCCUGUGAGAGCUGCCUCUGCCGCAGUGGGAGGCCUGUCUGCACCCAGCGCUGCUCCCCGCUCACCUGUCCUCAGGGCGAGGACAUGGUGCUGGAGCCAGGGAGCUGCUGUCCCUCUUGCCGCAGGGAGGCUCCGGAGGAGCAGUUGCCCUCCUGCCAGCUCCUCACGGAGCUUCGAAACUUCACCAAGGGGACCUGCUACCUGGACAAGGUAGAAGUGAGCUACUGCAGUGGGUACUGCCCGUCCAGCACCCAUGUCAUGCCAGAGGAGCCAUACCUGCAGAGCCAGUGUGACUGCUGCAGCUACCGUCUAGACCCGGAGAGCCCCGUGCGGAUCCUGAACCUGCGCUGUCUGGGUGGCCACACAGAGCCCGUGGUGCUGCCAGUCAUCCACAGCUGCCAGUGCAGCUCCUGCCAGGGAGGUGACUUCUCAAAGCACUAACAGGCUCCGCUGGUUGAGUCCACGGCCGUCCCUCUUGUGAUCAUGGGACUCAGCAGCACUGACUAUGUCCUCCCACACUCUCCCACAUGCCCCCAACUGGGGGUCCAUGACUUGGCAUUAGCAUGUUCCUAAUAAAGUGACACUGGCAACAA